AAUUUGUGGGGCUCCCCACCUCAGCGAAAGGAGCAUCUUUGUCAACUAUGCAGAAACACCUUUAUUCAUUUUACUAUGUUAUCAUAUUAUGUUGUACUUUCAUUCUCCAACAAUCGAAGCACCUCAAAGAGAUGAGCUUCCUGUAUCACUUCACAAAGAUCAUCACCUAGCUGUUAAUGGAUCCUCUUCUCAUCCCUACUUCUUUCUCUGUCACUCGCUCUCCGCCAAGAUGGGAUUAAACCUUUUACCUUAUAAAUAACUCUGCUGCUGCAAGGUGUUUGUUUGGAAAAUCACGUAGCAACGCAAUGUCGUCUGUGCCUGAUGGGGUUAAGAUUAAGAACAAGGAGCUGCCAAGAAUUGGGUUCAAAAAGUCAAGGACCAACUCAUCACUUCCUGGAACUUCUCUUGCUUCUUUGGAAUCCUUAUCCAUGCCUCUGGUGCAGGAAGUUGUUUUCUCUGCAGAUAUUAAGUGUGAGGAGUGUCAGAAAAGAGUAGCUGAUAUAAUGUCAAGAUUAAAAGAGACAGAGUCCGUGUUGAUUAAUGUGCUGGAAAAGAAGGUAACACUCACAUGUAGAUAUCCUGGUGUGGUUAAGGUAUCCACGAAGCAGGUUGCAACCAUACACAGAAACCCUCUUGGCAAAAUGGCCACGAUCAAGCGAAUAUUUCGUUCAUCCCGCAAUUAAUAACAGUUCCGAUAAGGUCCACCACCAUGCCAGAAUGUGAUUUCUUCAAUAAAAUUUGUUUUAGGCUGAAUUAGCAAUGUACAUAUUACUUUAUAGUACUGAAUGAUAAAUCAAAUAUGUAAUUAGCGCUUGAUUGUGAUUGCAAUUUUAUGAAAUAAUUUUCAGAAGAAAUACAGAGUAGAAAGUUGGAUAUGCUUGCUUC